UAUCAAAUGAAUUCGCUGGUUCAAGAAGAUCGCAAGUCUCUCAAAUUUGUCUCUAUAAUGUAAUGCCGGCUCGCAUCUUUGGUAGUAUAUUUGACAGCAGAACACGCUUUUCGAAAAGAUUGAUUUCAAGUUGUUGUCCAGUUUGGUGAAAAAUUCUGGUGCCGAUUAAUCCAAAAAUUCAAUGAAAUAUAUGAUUUUUAUAAGUGAAUAGUAUAGUUAUUUGCGUAGCAAAUGUAUUAUGAGUGAAUACUACUACCUGGACAUAUCACUGAAACUCGCCGACGAACCGAAUCAGCUGCUGCCCGUUUACUUCAAAAGUUGCCUGGAGCGGUCUCUUCUGAAAAUUUUCGGCGAAAUCGGUGGCCUCACCACGGUGGAUGUUCUGAAAUUUGACGCCCCCCGAGCAAGAGCCAUAGUCAGAAUUCCGUCGGAUUUUUACGUCAAGUUCAGAGCGGCGACAACGCUGACUGGCAACUUUCAGGACAUACCGUGCAAUUUCGUUGUACAUAAAGCGAGUCCGAUCCUGCUUGGACUGACCGAGACACAUUUGGAGUAUUUCAAAGCUAACUGA